AUGUUUGCCAUAGCUUUUCUCUUUUUAUUUCUUACAUUUGUUCGCGCAGUUCCGCAGUCGCCUAUUACUGCUACUUCAUCAUCUUCGUUGGCACAUCCUACUCAUUUCCCAACCUCUUUCAGGCAUUCCUCGUCCCACAAUACUCUCCAUCUAAGUCAUUCUGGCUCUCAGUCUCAUAUCAUUCCUUCAAAUACCAGGCCUCUUUCUUUUCCCGGCCAUUCAGGCCGUCCCAGGCCGCCGCCACCUACAUCGACUCCCCUUCCCCCGCGUCCAAAACAUAAACCUAUCCUGAUUGCGUUUGAAGUAAUUGGAGGACUUGCAUUGGCUGGCGUCCUUCUCAGUCUCAUUCGUUGUUAUUACAAUUACAAGAGAACUCCUCAUCGCGAUAGAAUCGCAGAUAUUUUGCAGCGGCACCAUCUCCAAAGGGAGCUUGAAGAGCUUGAGCGCAACCCGCACCUUCUGCGGCGUCCGUCGCUGCGCGAGCCUGCUCCCCCGUACUUUCCCCGUCCUCCAUCCUACGAUGACCUGACUUCAGGUGGACCAUUAGCGUCUCGGGGAGUCUAUUCCGCAGUCGGCACUCAUAGUCCGCCCCCUUCACCCCCCAUGUCCCAAAUCGUGCUGCCCGUAUCCACAGUUGCUGUGCGAACACCUCCGAAUCUGAUACCUCCAGCGCCAAGUGGGUAG